AUGGAAGGUUUUGCCCCGACGUGCCAGAAGCGCUUCGAAGCAGCGGCUGCGACUGUUACUUCAGGGUCCUUCAGGACUCUCCCUCCGGUGGCUGCAGGCCCAGUUCGGCCGGUGCUGGUGGCGGCAUCGGCCGGGCCGUCUCCCAGCCGUUCCGGGCCCGACGGAGGGAGACCCCGCACGGCCGCCUCGGACCUCCGGGCGGCUCUGGACCGGAGCCCCGUCGAGGGCCCCCCGCCGCCGCCGCCGCCGCUGCCCAACGGAGUCUUCGCGCCACACGCGGGCGCCGCCAACGGGGAGGCCAAGGCCGCCGCCGCCGCCGCCCCGCCGCUCGGCUCGGCUUCGUCCGGCGCGCCGCUCGUGGACUUCCUGCUGCAGUUGGAGGACUACACGCCCACGAUCCCGGACGCCGUGACCGGCUACUACCUGAACCGCGCCGGCUUCGAGGCGUCGGACCCGCGCAUCAUCCGGCUGGUCUCGCUGGCAGCCCAGAAGUUCAUCUCGGACGUGGCCAACGACGCCCUGCAGCACUGCAAGAUGAAGGGCACGGCCUCCUGCAGCUCCCGCAACAAGAGCAAGGACAAGAAGCACACGCUGACCAUGGAGGAUCUGGCCCCUGCACUGGCCGAGUAUGGCAUCAACGUGAAGAAGCCCCAUUAUUUCACCUGAAGGUCCUUCCCCCACCCCAUUCUUUAUUAAAGUCUCUUUGCCCCCCC